AUGCCGGCGGGGGGCGGGCGCUGGUGGAGCUUCUGGGAGCAGCGGGCCAGGCAGCUGCAGUGCCAGGUUCGGGUCAAAGAAGAAAGGAUAGCUGAACUCGAAACAGAAAAUGCUGUUCUUCAUCUGAAAUUGGCGGAGUACCAGGGGAGGCUGGAUGAGAGUCGCAGGGAGGCCGUACAGGUCCGCAGGCUGUGCAACCAACAGCGGUGUCUGCAGAGAAAUGCGCAUUCCGCCUUCAGCCAGCUGGGUCGUGCUGCUCAGAAACUUAAACAAGACAUGAUGGAGUUCCGCUCUUCCUCUCUGAUCCUCUUAAGACGUUACCAGGAUCAGCAUCAGCACUGUGUUUCUGAAAUGGUGACUGCAGUUCGGCAUGUACAGCUCAGUGGCGAGGCUCUGCGAGCAUGUCAGUCAGAGGCAGCCUGCCUCCAGCGGUCCCUCCAGGAGGUCAGCACCCGUUACCAGCUGGAAAAGCAGAGGAGACGAUCCCUUCACAACAGCCUGGUGGAGCUGAAAGGGAACCUCAGAGUUCACUGCCGGAUUCGCCCUUUGCUGCCUUUUGAUGAUGAAUUUGAUGGCACAGUUUUGCAGAACAGCUCCAACUCGGGAGAAGUGACCCAUGCAGUGGAUGACGAAACAGUUCUAGUGAAAUGUGAUCAUUCCAGUUACCCUCCAAUCAAUAAGACAUAUCAUUUUGAAAGAGUUUAUGGUCCAGCAGACUCUCAGAGUGACGUGUUUGGAGAAGUGUGCCCUCUGCUCACAUCCCUCUUAGAUGGGUACAACGUCUGUGUGAUGGCAUAUGGACAGACGGGCAGCGGGAAGAGCCACACCAUGCUGGGACCCUCCGUGCAGCAUGGCCCUGCUUUGCCAUCUGAUUCACAGAGCCACCUGGGCAUCGUCCCCAGAGCUGCGGAAGAGCUUUUCAGUGGCCAUGCUGGUGACUCUAGCAACUGUCCAGGCUAUGGAGAAAGCCAGCUAGCAGGGACGGCAGGACAGCAAGAACUGGAGCGAGCUCAGAGAGCUAUGGAGGAGCAAUCAGCUGCUCACAAGUCCGUGGGAGGCACCUAA